UGACAAUCGAAUUCGCAGGUACGACAAGUACCUGGACAGAAUGCUGGACCGAGCAGAGUUGCAUAUUGGUAUCACAUUUGAAGAGUUCCGGCGCUUCUAUCAAUUUCUGAACAACCUGGACGACUUCUCGAUAGCGAUGCGAAUGUACACGUUAGCCGAUCAUCCGAUAUCCAAAGAUGAAUUUCAACGCGCUGUAAAGAUAUGCACGGGAACGAUGCUUUCGACUCACAUAAUCGAUACAGUCUUCGCGCUAUUCGACGUCGACGGGGAUGGCCAGCUCUCCUACAAGGAGUUUAUAGCGAUCAUGAAGGAUCGAUUGCACAGAGGCUUUAAGUCUCAACAACGCAACGAGGGAUGGGAGGCAUUCAAGUUCUGCGUGAAACAAGAGAUGAAAGCGCCAUGAAGAACAAAUGAUGAAAUACGCGAGGAGCGUUCGCUAAUUUACAAAAGUCUCAUAAACGCUCAAUACUUUCCAGUAACGUUGAUCGUUAUCGAGUUAUUUCAUAAUUUCCUGCCUUUCUCGUACUGACAUUUAUUUAUUCGAAAGUAUAUUAAAAUGUUUUACGCAAUACGCAGCCAAAUUUAUAAAAACCAUACUGUUGUUGAAAUGGUUAUAAUAUACAUAUAUAAAAGUCAUUAUUACUAAUAGGAAAACGAGAGCAGUUUGCGUGCUAAUUAAUAAAAACAAUAGAAACUA